AUGAAGAAACGGAUUGAAAGAAUAUUUACUGGACAGACAACUGAUCCGCCCAUCCACCUCUCCCUACGGUGCACCAACCUACUGAACCAACUGUAUGGUGCAACAGUCUUUUCGAAGCUGGACCUAAGGUCGGGUUACUGCCAAAGCAAAAUGGCGGACAACUCGAUCCACAAGAUGGCGUUACGUACCAGAUACGGCUUCUACGGAUAUUUGGUGAUGCCGUUCGGACUCUGCAACACACCAGCGACGUUCCAGGCGGAGAUGAACCAUAUCGUACGGCCCAUGAUGGGCGAGUACGUAGUGGUGUACCUGGACGACAUACUCAUCUACUCCAAGAACAACGAGCGCGUGGAGCAUCUGGGGAGGGUGCUCGAAAUACGGCAGAAAAAUAAGUUCUACGUGAAGCUGUCAAAGAGCGACUUCGCCCUGAAGAAGGUGCAGUUUCUCGGGCACAUGUUGAGUGCGGAAGGCAUACAAGUGGACCCUCGGACGAUCAAAGCCGUUAAAAAGUGGAAAGUACCAGGGUACGUGAAGGAGUUGCAGCAGUUCCUAGGCUUCGCCAACUACUACAACAGGUUCGUGCCGCAAUACGCUAAGAUAACAGCGCCACUAAUCGACCUACUGAAAAAGGAUACGCCCUUCAAAUGGGAUACUCCUCAUCAGCAAGCCAUGGUGUUGGGUGCAAAUGCACAUUGCACGACAUCCUGCCGUCUGUUUGUACGAGUAUGCGUGUGCGAAUGCAUUUGCGUGUGA